CCCUGCUGCGUCUCGGGCUCCCACGCCGGCUCAGUGACGGGCGGGGGCUCUCUGCAGUGGCAGCCCCGAGCCGGGGCCGGGAGAGCCUGACCUUGCCGUCCCCCGGGGGGCGCAGGACCACCGGCAGCAGCAUGGGCGGGAGGGCUGGUCUGCGAACCGCCAGCCCCACCUGCCUGCCGGGCUGGACCCUGCACCCGACGGGCUCUGGCAAGAUGCUGGGCUGGAGCCUGCUGCUGCUGCUGGCUUCCGUGGGGCGCAGCGAGGCGGCGGAGGAUGGCGAAGUCAAUGCAGAGGCCUGGCUCCGGCUGUAUGGCUACCUCCCGCAGUCCAGCCGGCAGAUGUCCACCAUGCGGUCGGCGCAGAUCCUGGCCUCCGCACUCUCCGAGAUGCAGAGGUUCUAUGGGAUCACGGUGACGGGCGUCCUGGACGAGGAGACCAAGCUGUGGAUGAAGCGGCCUCGCUGUGGUGUCCCGGAUCAGUUUGGAGUCCAGAUCAAAGCCAACAUGCGGCGGAAGCGGUACGCACUCACUGGGCGGCGCUGGAGCCAAACCCACCUGACCUUCAGCAUCCAGAACUACACAGAUAAGCUGGGGCGGUACCACUCGUACGAGGCCAUUCGCCGAGCCUUCCGGGUGUGGGAGCAGGCCACGCCCCUCGUCUUCCAAGAGGUCCCCUACGAUGACAUCAGGCACAAGAGGAGGAAGGAGGCCGACAUCAUGGUGCUCUUCGCCUCCGGUUUCCACGGAGACAGCUCCCCCUUCGAUGGCAUGGGGGGCUUCCUCGCCCAUGCGUAUUUCCCUGGCCCUGGGAUGGGAGGGGACACACACUUCGACUCAGAUGAACCCUGGACACUGGAAAACACCGACGUGUUUGGCAACAAUCUUUUCUUGGUGGCCAUCCACGAGCUGGGGCACUCGCUGGGGCUGGAGCACUCCAGCAAUCCCAGUGCCAUCAUGGCCCCCUUCUACCAGUGGAUGGACACGGAGAACUUCCAGCUGCCCGAGGACGACCUCAAGGGCAUCCAGCAGCUGUACGGUGCCCCUGAUGGACAGCCCCAGCCCACCCGGCCCCUCCCUACGGUGACUCCCCGUGGCCCUGGAAAGCCAGACCACAGACCCCCCAAGCCACCUCCCCCCGGUAAACCAGAUCGGCCCCCGAAACCAGGCAACCCGGACCGGCCCGACCAGUACGGGCCCAACAUCUGUGAUGGAGAGUUCGACACCGUGGCUGUGCUACGCGGGGAAAUGUUUGUGUUUAAGGGCCGAUGGUUCUGGAGGGUUCGCCAUAACCGGGUGCUGGACAACUAUCCCAUGCCCAUCGGGCACUUCUGGAGGGGCCUCGCUGGGGACAUCGACGCUGCCUACGAGAGGCACGACGGCAAAUUCGUGUUCUUCAAAGGGGAUCGGUACUGGCUCUUCCGAGAGGCAAACCUGGAGCCCGGGUACCCGCAGCCCCUCACCAGCUAUGGGCAGGGCAUUCCCUACGACAAGAUCGACACUGCCAUCUGGUGGGAGCCCACGGGACACACCUUCUUCUUCCGCGGGGACAGGUACUGGCGCUUUAACGAGGAGACCCACUCCGUGGAUCCUGGCUACCCGAAACUGAUCACCGUGUGGGUGGGAAUCCCUCCCACGCCCAAGGGGGCCUUCUUGAGCUCGGAUGCCUCGUACACCUAUUUCUACAAAGGCACCAAGUACUGGAAGUUCGACAAUGAGCGGUUGAAGACGGAGCCGGGGUACCCCAAGUCCAUCCUGCGGGACUUCAUGGGCUGCCAUGAGGCACCUGUGCCAGACCCCGACCCUGGGCACCGAUGGCCUGACCUGGACAGACCUCCCUUCAACCCGGACGGCAGGGGCACGGAUGCCGAACGGGAGGGGGACGAAGGGGAGGCCGAAGCACGCCCCAGUGACCGAGAGGAGGAGGAGGAGGAGGAGGACUACAGCGGCCCCACCCGGGGCAACGGCAAUGACGUGGACAUCGUGGUGCAGAUAGACAAGUACACGCGGACCAUGAGCAUCGUCAUGGUGAUGGUGCCGCUGGUGCUGCUGCUUUGCGUUCUGGGCCUCAUCUACGCCAUCAUCCAGAUGCACAGGAAGGGGGCUCCUCGGAUGCUACUCUACUGCAAACGCUCCUUGCAGGAGUGGGUCUGAUCCUGGACCCCUGCCCCACCAUGACCCCCCUCAGCCCGAUCCCCCUCUUCACCACCAUGGUGCUAACAAAGAAGCUUGAGAAGACGAAGCCCCUGGAGCCUUUCUCGGACUACUUACACCAAGAUUUUGCACAUUGAGUUGAAUGCGCUUGGCCAGGCCUACUCCCCCCUCAAGCAUGUAGGAGAUGCCCCACUGCAGACUCCUCCGUGCCUACAGCCGCUCUCUGCCCUUCCCGUGCCUGGAUCAAGGCCGCCUAUGGCCCCCUCCCUGCUGGGGGAGAGGGGGGUUGCCCCACAAUCUGGGUUGCUCCCAGUGUUCCCGCUGGGCGAGGGAGACCAUGUCCGUGCUCUGCAGCCCCUGAUCUCUCAUCGCUGCAGGGUUGGCAGUGGGGAGCAGCCAGUUGCUGGGGGCCCCCAUCUCUGCUUCAUGGAAGCACAUGGGCCCCAAGCGCCGAAUUCCCCACGGGAGGGGACAGCUGAGUGGGUUUCCCUUACAGCACUUCUGAGCCAUGGGGGUCUCUUCCCCCUGUCCUCAGACGCCACCUCCCUUGGCUGCGUUCUCGGCUCAGCGCCCAGCCACAGGCUCGGAGGGGCAGAACUCGAAAUGCAUCCUCAGCUCGGCUCUUCCCCCAGGAAUCAGCCCUCAGGGAUGUUUCCCUUUGGCGCCCAUCCACAUGUUGUGCAUGUGUUGUCUGUGCCGUGUCCUGGCUGGGCCCAUGGAGCAGGAGAUGCGGAUCCUAGUCUGGGUGGUUCACCCCAGCAGGUCACCAGUCUGGUCACUCCUAAGGGGAUACAUCCCCCAGCCCGAGGGAAGGGAGGCCUUUUCCCAGGUAAGGUCCUAGAGGAGAGGCCCAGCUCCUUGGUCCAUCCAAGGUGCUCUGGCUCUAAUGCCUGUUUCAAGGAGAGUCCCUGCCCCUCUGUUCCCCUCCCCUCCCCUCCCUGUCUCCUCACGUCAGUGGUCUUACAGCCCCGCUCCUCCCUGGGGUGGGUGGGCGAGUUGCUCAGUGCACUGCCCUGGGGAAAUGGGAAGCCAUCUCCCCGGCCCCUCUUCUCGCCCGCCUGCCUGGCCAGUGCUAACAUCUAGCAGCAGCUUUUCCCCACAUGCAGUGCACUAGUGCUGGGACCCAGGGGAGACAGCUGCUUCCAGGAGCUGCUCCCUUGGGCUCUGGACACUGGCUUUCCUGGGCCAAGGUACAGAAAGGGGAGGGCACGUGCCAGCUGGAGAACUGGAUUCCAAUCCUGCCUCGGGUCACGGGUGACAUGAGUUUGAUGACCUCCGCCUUGUGUCUAGCAGGGAUUGGAAUGGGGACUGAGCAGGAUUAUACAUCUGAGCCCCUGUUUAGGAGGAAGCUGCGGGGGGCUGCAGGGCAGGACGGAGGAGCAUUGGCUGAGCUGGGUGGGAGCCUAGAACUGGAAUAGCAGGGGGCUGCAGGGUAUUGGCAGAGCUGAAGGUGCAAGAGGAGCCUAUCUCUGGCUGCUGGUCAUUACCCAGGCACUGGUUGGGUUGCAAGGCGUGCUGAGCUGGGCUUUCUGGCCCAGGCCGGCAGGGUGGAGGUGACAUCACUGUGUUUAUUUCCUGUUUAACUGUUUGCAGCUGGGAAACGAGGGAGGUAAGGAGCCUAAAGAUAGUAGAGGUCUCUGGAACCUGGCCUGGGAAGGCUGGCCAGGAGCCGAGGGCCUGUGCUCUCUCCCAGCCCAGGGACAUGGGUUGGUUCCCAUCAGGGCCUCCAUCCAUUGGGAAGAUACUUACGAUAGAAGUCGCCCCAUAGCUGCUUUUCAUCUGCUUCCUUCUCCCCCGCACCUCCACUUCCGAAACAAACAGCAGCCUCUGGGGCCUGUGGGAAAUGGGGCUGGGAAAGCAACAGCUCCAGCCCCCACUGCCCUAGAGCAGAGCCUGAGAAUGCCGUGCUUGGGAAGCGGGGCCAGGGGGGGAGAUGCAGUUUAGAAACUCUAUGUAACAGCUUUUGUGGGAGGCAAGGGACAGCCCGACACAGGCUUGCAGCUUGGGUGGAACAAAGCUCUGGCUCUUACAGAGGGGUUCAGCCUCUGGAAAGGGGGCAGCAAGGCCGGAUCGACACCUCCCCAGUUUGGUCAGCAGCCUGGCAAACCACAGCUUAGCAGACACUGUACAAGUUCCUUGUAACUACAUCACUGCAUUGGACUGUAAAGAGAUGGUGGCCUUGUCAGGCCCGCACACCUCUUCCCGGAGAGUUGGGGUCCACCAGGAAGGUUGUGUAUCAGGAGCAAGGGGUCUCUGAACACCCAACUCCAGUGGGUGUGGCUGUGGCCUUCGUGCCUUUCUCCUGAUCCAGAGGGCAGAACCCACGCUGCAGAGCCUGCCUGCUCCUCCAUUCUUGCACCUGAUGUGCCGGCUUUCCCCUGAAUGGGGAAAUUGUCCCAGCACCGCCGAUGGGCACAAGGUGGAGAAACGGGUGGGAUUUACUGUGGGUCCCUGACGCCUGUACUCUGAGACAGACCUGGCCUGGCCAAAUCUGCCUUUUUUCAUGAUUGAGUAAAAUACUGGUAGUUUUGUUAUCGUGGGCAAGGGCCAGCAAGCACUAUUUGUGUUUGGGCUAGGCUGUUUCCCUGGCAGUUUUGCCCAGGCACAUGGGAUGUGCCUAGCCAGAGCGGAUGGGAGUUUACUGCACACCACAGGGUUGAAUAGGCUGCUGGGGCUAAAGAUUGAGCCAGCUCCUCACCCGCUGGGAAUCAGCAUCUCUCCAUUGACUUGGACGAGAGCCUCCUCCUUCAUAAAUGGAUGUGGCGCCAAUGGACCAGAUCCCCAGUUGAUGUAAACCGGUAAAACUCCAUUGACUUCAGUGGUGCGAUACCAGUUUAGACCUACUAAGGAUCUGGCCCCAUAGGUGUCCUUCCCUGCCCCUGACACUGAGCUGGAGGUGAGAUUGCACCACAGGGUCCCUGGGAGCCUGCCCCCUGCCAUGCUACGUGUAGAGCAGUGGCCUGGGGGAGGUGUGGCUGGGGACUCAGGGGUUGGUUCCAAACUGGUGCCUCUAGCAGGGCAGUUCACUCAGUGCCCCAGAGGCAACUUGUUUGGGAUCCUGGAGGACUCCCCGAGCCCUCCUAGGGCGGCCUGGCCUGAUCUGCAGGUGAGGACCAUUGAUGAUACAGCACUCUAGGGUCCCAGGCAGCAGGGCCACUUGCUGUCCGUCACCCCAGGGUGCUCCUUCCCUGUGGGCACCUCAGGUAUUACUGCAAAGGCAGGCAUUUAUCCCAGGACCUGAAGCUGCCAGGCAAGAUCGUUCUCAACCCUCGGGGUCGGGAGGAGUCUUGCUGGAGUCCCCAGGAGUGUGGAUCCCUCACUCAGUACCCCUCUACCUACCCCCCCCCCCCCGCAUGGGAAAGCACAGGCUCCCAGCUUCCCCGUCAGCGACCAUGUGGCCACCUUUGUUUGGAAAAAGCCUUUUGUUGGCUCCAGCCGCUUCUCUUUCCCAUUUGGAGCCUUCCCAGCCUGAUCAGCCAAAGCCGUUCCCCUCUUUGAGCCCAGCUGGAGCUGGGCCGGGGCCAGGCACUCGCAGAAUCCUUGGCUGUAAUGAAUGGAAAAUUGUUCCAUUUUUAAGCGCACAGGUGUGCACUGGAGAAAGUGCAUUUUGGGCCAGGGCUGGCCCAGAGCCCAGCUCCCCCUUCACUCUGCCUUGGGGAGGAAUUCUACGCCCUGUCUUCCUGAAGGCAGUUCGGCUCUGCUGGGGCAGCGUCCCCCCCCAGGGGAUCCUUUCACCUCACUCACCCUGCUCGUGGGACCCUGCAGGGGUGAGCUCACCAUGGUGAGAGACUGAUCGUCCUCUCCAUGCUGACUCCUGCUCGGAACGGGCCCCAAUCGCGCAGCAUUAGCAAGGCAGGCUGGGGUUAGGUUCCCAAGGCUGUCAGGCCCUCAGCCUCAGAGGAACUUAGGUCCCUAACUUCCAGGAUCUGGACCUCAGCACCAACAGGCCCCAUUGAAAUGUGAGCCUGAGGCUCCCUAGCAGGGCACCAAUGCUUGAGGUAGUGACCCCCGAUUCCCCAAAAUCAGCUGCCUCUGAGGAGGGGCUGUUUCUGUGGCCUGACAGCUAUCCCUACCCCAUGUCUUUGUCCCCACAUACCGUCCAUGCCCCUAAUCAGCACAGGGGAAAGGGACUGGACGGGAGGGUAACUAGCCCUAAGCACCUCAGCUCUGUACCGGCAGGUGUGGC